UGGAUCACGAAAACAAUUGAUUAUGAAAUCUUCGGAAAGGUUGAAUUUGGAUCACGAAAACGAUUGAUUAUUAUGAAUUUGUCUUUAUUCAAUAGGUUGAAUUUGGGCAUGAAUCGAUCAUCGAAGCUUCAAGGAAAUUACAAUGAUUUGGUGGCUGAGAGUGAUCAGAAAACCAUAGACUGGACUUUUUUUUCUUCAUUCUGUGCAUUUCUUUAUCAAAGUGAUGCAACAGUUUUUUCCAUAGACUUGAUUCAUAAGAAUAUUAUUAAAAAAUGACAAGUUUUUUUGGAUUUGUGCAUUCAUUCAUGGACUGGUAGAGGUUUAUUCCAUUUAACAGAUAGUGACAUUGGCUUACUAUUUUGCAAUGAGCAGACAGAUUCACACAGAUUACACAUUCAUGUCAUUUUCAUUAUGAAAUAUAUGAUUUCUCACAUAACAUAAUAAAUAGUCAUAAGAUACUCUUUUCUUGGUAAAUAUUAUAAUUAAUUCAAGGCUAGAGACUUCCUUAAAUAGCAAAGGUCCCAUGUAUGGUGAAAAUCAAGCUCCACAAAGAAAUGAGGUCCUCAAACAACUUCAGUGUUUACCUCUUGGUUCUUUAUUUGAGUUUUUCAGGAUCUGAAUCUCAAAGAGAUGUUAAUAAUAGCACUGUUUUAUUUAACGUGGGCGUGAUUCUUGAUACGACCACAUUUGUAGGUAAUAUUGGAUUAACCUAUUUAGAAAUGGCUCACUCUGAUUUCUAUUCAACUCAUACUAGUUACAGAACCAGGUUGGUUCUUCAUGUGAGGGAUUCAAAUGAUCAAAUUAUUGACGCUGCUGCAGCUGCGGUCGAUUUGUUAAAGAAUGUCAAGACAGAUGCAAUAAUUGGUCCUCAGAAAUCUUCACAAGCGAACAUUGUCAUGGAUCUAGGAGACAGAGCACACGUCCCCAUCAUUUCCUUCUCUGCAACAAGCCCUUCUCUUCUUCGUCGUACUCCAUAUUUCAUUCAAACAGCUCAAAGUGAUGAUGCCCAAGUCGGGGCUAUUGCUGCCGUUGUUAAAUACUUCCAGUGGAGGGGAGUUGUCAUAAUACACGAAGACACGGAGUAUGGAACAGGAGUCGUUCCACACUUGUCAAACGCAUUACAAGAUUUUGACGUACGAAUAAUGUAUAGAAGUAUAAUCCCUCUUUCAGCUACAGAUGACUUUAUACUCAAAGAAUUGUACAAGAUGAUGACUCAACAGACAAGGGUAUUUGUGGUACACAUGUUGUCAAAUAUUGGCGCUCGUCUCUUUCUAAAAGCUAAGGAGAUAGGGAUGAUGAAUGAGGGAUAUGCAUGGAUAGUUACUAAUGAUAUGACGGAUUCGCUUUACAGUUUGGAUUCUCAUGUUAUUGAAGCCAUGCAAGGAGUCUUGGGCGUGAAGCCUCUUAUUCCCAUGUCAGAGUUAAACAUGAGCAUGUUUGGGAUAUGGGCCUACAACACUCUAUGGGCACUCGCCAUGUCAGCAGAACGAAUCGGAGCACCUAAGCAACCUGCAGAGAUUUCUAAUUCUGGCAACCAAACCGGACCAGAGCUUCUGGUUCUUCCAGUUUCUCAAACGGGGCCCGAGCUUCUGAAAGCAAUGUUGGAGACGAGUUUCGUAGAAAAUGGUGGGAAUUUUAAACUCGAUAAGGGGCAGUUGCAGCCAUCAGCGUAUAAGAUAUUGAAUGUAAUAGGAAACAAGGAGAAGGAGGUGGGCAUAUGGGUACCGGGUUCAAUAGAUACAAAUGAUGUCAGUUUUCACGAUAUCGUAUGGCCUGGAAAGUCUACUGUCGUGCCCAAAGGAUGGGAAUUUCCAGUGAGUGGUAAAAGGCUGAAAAUUGCAGUUCCUUUUAAAAAUGGUUUUACAGAAUUCGUGAAGGUGGUAGUGGACCCGAAAACAAACCGGAAAAUAGUAAGUGGCUACUCCAUUGAUAUUUUCGAUUCUGCAAUGAGAGCUUUACCUUAUGCUGUUCCAUAUGAUUAUUAUCCUUUCGAAAACAUGACUGGGGUAAAUGCCGGGUCUAGUUACUACAACGAUUUGGUUUAUCAAGUGUAUCUCCAGAACUUUGACGCUGCUGUUGGGGACAUAACGAUCACAGCAAACCGAUCAAAAUAUGUGGAUUUCACAUUGCCUUACGCAGAAGGAGGUAUUUCAAUGAUAGUUCCGAUUACAUAUGAGGACAUGAAUAAUAAAUGGAUAUUUUUUAAGCCUUUAAAGAAGGAAUUAUGGUUGACAAGCAUAGCUUUAGCCAUUGGAACUGGGUUUGUUGUUUGGUUACUUGAACAUAGAAUCAACACUGCUUUCAGAGGCCCCCCUUCACAUCAUGCUGGCAUGAUCCUUUACUUCCCAUGUACAAGCUUAGUAUUUGCAAACAGUGAAAAAAUAGUAAGCAACUUAGCUAGGCUGGUAGUGGCAGUAUGGUUUAUUGUUGUCCUUUUAUGGAGCUCAAUCUAUUCUGCAAGCUUAUCGUCUCGGCUAACACUGCAAAAUCUUAAGCCUAUAGUGUCGGAUGUGGAAGAGCUUAAAAGAAAUGGGGAUUUUGUUGGAUAUGAGUAUGGAUCUUUUGUUGCUAACGUGCUUAAGGAUAUGAAUUUUUCGGAUUCUAAGCUCAAAGUCUACAAAUCUCGGGGUGAAUGUCAUGAAGCUCUAUCUAUGGGAACCAACAAUGGAGGUAUAUCUGCCUUCUUUGGCGUCAUCCCGUACAACAAAUAUUUUGUUUCCAAGUAUUGUGACAAGUUCGCGACUAUCGGCCCCAUAUAUCACACAGAUGGGAAUGCUUUUCCAAUAUACAAAAUGAGAUUGUUCUUACUUGCCAAAAUGUUGAUGUCAACUUUACAGGUUUUCCCCAAGGGGAGUCCUCUUGUUGCUGAUGUCUCUCGUGCACUCAUCAAGGUUAUAGAAGGCGAUAAAAUUCUUGACCUGCAAAGAAAAUGGUUUGGAAGUGCCACGUGUGUUGGUUCAAGCAACGGUACGCCCUCGUCUAGUAACUUGUCGCUUAAAAGUUUCGAAGGGCUUUUCAUCAUAACCGGAACUAUAUCUGGACUAUGCCUUGUGAUCUAUCUAGCCAAAUACAUAAUUCAGAACAGGAUCAUUUUGGUCGAGAGAAUAUCGGAUAGAGGCUCUACAUUAUGGUCGAAAAUCCGAUCAUUGCAUGUGAAUUUCGAUGGGAAGGACUUUCCUACCAAUAGAGUCACUUCAUCUUUGAUUGAGAUUACUAGCCAUGAUCAGUCUUCAAAUCAUAGUUAUAAUUCAGGUAGUUCGCGCAGAAACUCCAAUUUAAGCAAUGUUAUUGUUUCUCUAUCGCACGAUGAUUCCAUAGAUGAUGUCAACCCAAACUCGCAAGAUAUGGUUGUGAUUGACCUGUCUACCUAACAACACUUUCUUAUGUAAUUAGUUCUCUUGUAUAGUUUUA